AUGUCCACUGAAAGCCCCCCGCCCUUUAUCGGGCGAAUGCUCGCAAUGUUUGAACCAGCACAUAUCAUGACUUGGGCAAUGUCGCACUACUUGAGAGUUUGCGCUGAAGCUGUCUUCAAAAAUGGCCAGCUCUUUGCUCCAAUUACCCAGACCCAGAGACUGCGUGAUGAAGCAUUUGGAAAAUUCUGGAUCGAUUUCACCUCAAUCCGCCAAAUGAGCUCCGACCCAAACAACAAAGACAUCCCCGAGCCAGUCGGCUCCUCGGCUCUAAUCCCGCCACUCCUCCGCACAGCCUCAGGAGUCGUCCUCGACAUCGGGCCCGGCACAGGCACACAGAUGCCACUACUCACCUCACCAGCAAUAACAGCCCUAUACGGUGCCGAGCCAUGCAAAAGCCUGCAUUCCUCGAUCCGCGAAAAAGCAGUAGCAGAGCAGAUCUCAUCCAAGUACCACAUUGUGCCGACAGGCGUAGCAGCAGACGAACUAAUCCCCGCCUUGCGGGAGACGGGCACGGGCGUCACGGAUGCGUAUGAUUCCGACGCGCGCGCGGGCAUCUUCGACACGAUCCUGUGUGUGCGUGUGCUGUGCUCUGUGCCGGAGAUGGAGCGUACGGUGAGCGAGUUGUAUGGGAUGCUUAAGCCUGGUGGCCGGCUGCUUGUUACGGAGCAUGUUGUGAACCCGUGGCGGCGGGCGAAGGGAUCGAUUGUUGGAAGGGUUGUGCAGGGUAUUUAUCAGCUUCUUGGGUGGAGUUGGUUUACUGGGGAUUGUUGUUUGAAUAGGGAUACCGAGGCGGCUUUGAGAGCUGCUGCUGAUGUGGAUGGUGGGUGGGAGAGGGUUGAGUUGGAUAGGGCUUUUGAGUGGUCUGCUAUGCCUUAUAUUUCUGGGGUUUUGGUUAAGAAGGGGGUUUAG